UGUACCAGCCCACCAGCUCCUCCGCCAAGAAUUCGCUCCAAAAGGGACCUAAUAUACUACUGAUGACACACGGAGGACCAGAGGCAGCAGAAAAGUGACAUUUGAUGACACGACAGGUACCUUUGCUGUGGAGAGCAGACUUGAAGCCCUGGAGCGGCAGGUGGCUGCACGUGCCAAGAUGACCUUUGUACUCAACAGGUCACAGCAGACGAAAUACAAACUGCUGGCUCAACAGGCUGAGGGUGCUCUGGACAUCUUCUGUCGUCAGCUGGAGACCGAGGGUCACAAGCGCCUGCAGACCCUCAGAGACCACGCCCUCCACCACCAGGCCCUGAUGGAACUGUCCAACCGCGCCGGCAACCAGGCACCCAAAGACAACAUCCUGGCUCGUCAGGAAUUGCACGCUUUAAUACAGGAAAAAUUGAAAGAAUCAACGCCAUCAGCUAAACGAAGGAAACGAUGCCAGCACAUCUUGCAGAAGAGGAGGCCGUUAAAAAUCUUCGAUAGGACGCAGACGACCUCUGCCCUGCUCCGUAUGAAGGACGCCAUUAGCACCCGACCAGCGUCUGACCGUCUCAAGGUCACGCCCAAGAUGGUCCUACCCCCCAUAGCCGUCAGGUGGCGCCCACAGUCGACAGAACAACCCGGAGAAAGCGGGUUCAAAUCCCAGUCAGGCAAUGUUUUUAUUACGUCAAUCGGCCCGAAUGUUUGACGUGUUGGAACUGCAGUUGUGCAACUUUCAAUCAUACAAUUAGGAAGAAAAUCGUGCACCUUUCAAUCAUACAAUUAGGAAGAAAAUCGUGCACCUUUCAAUCAUACAAUUAGGAAGAAAAUCGUGCACCUUUCAAUCAUACAAUUAGGAAGAAAAUCGUGCACCUUUCAAUCAUACAAUUAGGAAGAAAAUCGUGCACCUUUCAAUCAUACAAGUAGGAAGACAAUCGUGCACCUUUCAAUCAUACUAGUAGGAAGACAAUCGUGCACCUUUCAAUCAUACAAGUAGGAAGACAAUCGUGCACCUUUCAAUCAUACUAGCAGGAAGACAAUUAGGUCUAAACUGUUGAGGACGUUGAGUUUUUGUUUACCAAUGGAGUUUUUUGUUUUAAAGAUUGCGCUGUCGGGUUUCUCAUCUUGUCAUGUAGCGAGGUGGCCAUUUCGUUCGUGAUGUGGAUUGCAGUUGCACCACCUUGUGUUGGUGAUGUGUGGAGCAGUCUUGUUACACCAUUUUGUGUUAGUUAUAUGUGGUGCACCAUCGUCUGGUACUACACCACACUAUUCUGUGUUAGUUAUAUGUGGUACUACACUAAACCAUCUAGUGUUAGUUAUAUGUGGUCCAACAUCGUCUGGUACUACACUAAAAGCAAACCAUGUCAAACCAUAUGGGGUUUCUAGCUGGUGUAGCAACUGUGUUAAAUGUACAGGGAAAUAACUACACAUCAACUGACGGGGAAGUAACUCUACACAUCAACUGACGAGGAACUAACUCUACACAUCAACGGACGGGGAAAAACACUACACAUCAACUGACGGGGAACUAACUCUACACAUCAACUGACGGGGAAAUAACUCUACACAUCAACUGACGGGGAAAUAACUCUACACAUCAGUUGGUGAAUGAAGUAAUUACAUAAAAGAAUGCAGGGAAGUAACUCAGCAUGAGGUUCAUACACAACGUGAUCAAUAAGAAACACCAGAUGCUGCCCUAAUGCUCGGAGAACAAUAACAACAGAACAAAGACAGUAGAAACUUUGAUACAGACGAUCUCGUUAUUUUAAGAACAGACAGACCGAAAUGAUGGUAUCUGAGUAGUUUUUAUUGUUGUAUUUUUGUCAUUGAAGUAUGUAAAAAAAACUUAUG